AUGAGUAACGAAGGUGGAGCUGAUGGGUCCACUUACCGCUCCGAAUUCAGGAACCUUUUUGGUGGUGAUAGCCACACCGAUGACGAUAAUAAUGGAAGAGAUAGAGCUGGUCCUGAUCCAAUAAAUUCUAUACAGCCGUCAUCUCUGUUAUCACAGGAACCAAUGCAAAUGUUUGAGGAGCAGUCAAGUGGUCAAAAUAAUAGUAAUAUUACACCAAGUAUACUUUUAGAGCAGUUAGCUUACGUUGAUAAUUUUAUGCCAUCGCUGGAACAAGAUUUCGCGAAUUUAGAUUCAUGGAUACUCCAAGAUCCUGGAAGUGAUUCUACGGCGAUGGCGUUGGGCGGCAAUAGUAGUAGUAAUGGUCAACGUUUAAAUGAGAGCGGACUAGGAUUUGAUGAAAGGCUGGCGGCAGAACUUAGUGCAUUUGCGGAUGAUUCGUUUAUUUUCCCUGAUGAAGACAAGAGACAGAGACAGAGCAUCAGUGGUGCUGUUAGCGGUAAUAGUGAUAACAAUAAUCCUGACAAUAAUGAUAAUGAUCUGUACGGUAAUCCUCGUGAAUUUGAAGAUGGCAAUGAUGCAAAUAACAAUGACAACAGCGAGAGACAGCAGGGAACAGGUAGAAGAAGUGCGCAUUUUCUUACUCAGAGACGUAAUACGUUUCUGACGUCGCAGUACGACCACAGUAAAUCGAGAUUUAGUUCCAAAUCUAGAGAGAAAAGGGACGCAGAGAGUCAACAACAACAACAACAACAACACGAAGAAGCGUCAUCAUCAUCACGUAACCAGGAUAACGCCAAUACUACCAGUAAUGUAACCUCCAAUAGUGUGACUGGAUCACCUUUGCAGGAUCACGGUGGUUUUACCAAUGUAGACAUUGUUUCGGGCGGUAAUGGUGGUGGUGCUCCUGCCGGUGCUAAUGAUGAUACGAGAAGUCCGAGAUUUCCACAGCAUACUCCGAACGUUCCAUCACCUUUGAGCAAUAUAUUAGCCUCUCAAGUCAUGCAACCGUAUUCCGUUUCAGCUAGCCCAGUUACUACUACAUCGAGACCUUCAGAUUCUGUAUCUGUAGCAUCUGAUCCUCAAGUACCAGCGGCUGCUGCCUCGAAUCAAACUCGUCCUCAAAUUCAUGUUCCUGAUUAUUCCACCAUACCGACAUCUACAUUAGUGGCAUUGUUACCAAGAGUCAGUGUCCCGCCCGGUGCGCAUAGAACUUUGGUAAACAGUGGAUUUAAUCAAGAACAAAUCCAUGCAAUUGCUGCAAUUAUUGCACACCACGAGCAAGAAAAGUCGAAACGACAUACUGAAGAGAGUGUAUCAAUUGAAUCUCAACCUAAUAACGUUAAUGACCAAGAUGCAUCUCGAGGUGCAGAAUUUCUAUUAGGUAUUCUGUCGCGAGAUUCUAGGUCACAACAACAACAACAGCAGCAGCAGCUACAACGGGAUCAACAGGGAUUUGUCGAAUCACUCUUACAAUUGGAUCCACGUACGCAUGAUCAAGGCGGAGAUCCAAUACGAAGUGAAUCACAAGACGGAGGCCAAGGAAGAAUUAAGAGGGAACAUUCCAUUAGUGGAAUCGAAUUUGAAGAAGAUGAGGAAGAAGAAGAUACUGAAAUUAUCAACCCUACGUCAUCAAGACCUUUGAAAAGAUCAAAAUCCACAGAAGAAGCCCUAUCAUCAUCAUCUAAUGCGAAAAGAAGAAAUGUUUCUAACGGUGUGGCGAUUUCACCACCAUCGACAACAACAAGUGCUACAUCAGCUCAGGUUCAAAAAACACAUCAAAGAAGAAAAGUAAAAGAAAGAGAAUUGGAAAAUUCCGUAACUGAGUUGAGUGAAUUAGCUAUUUCACUACAGCAAAAGAUUCACACAUUAGAGAUGGAAAACAAAUUGUUGAAAAAUCUAGUUCGAUCAAGUGGCGAACUAGAAGGAAUUGAAAAGGCGGAAAGUAUUAGAAAACAAAUAAUGGAUAAGAUUAAUGGUUCAAAUGAUGAAUAA